UUUCUUCUUCUCAGCUCUUCUUCCUGCUCCUCCUCUCCUCUCUGUGUGUCUAUAUAACAACGCACGCAGCUGCUCUCUCCCUCCUCACAACUCAAACAAAUUCGAAUUGGCACUCUUAAUUUCUAAGCUCAUCUAGGUCUAGAGAGAGAGAAGGAAGCUUUGAUAAUCUUCAGGUGAAUUGUUCUCCAUGGAGAGAGUUGCAUCGAGCUGUCUCAGCCUGCUGGCGCAAAGGAGGGGCUACUCGGUGGCCGCGGCAGUGGUGAAGGGAGCCGGCCGGAGGCCGGACGAGAAGAAGGCCGCGGCGGCGGCGGCGGCGACCAAGCGCACGAUGGCGAAGGCCGCCGAGGAGAAGACGGCGGCGUGGGUGCCUGACCCGGUGACCGGGUACUACCGGCCGGCCGGCGGCGCCAAGGAGGUGGACGCGGCGGAGCUGCGCGCCAAGCUGCUCUCGCAGCGGAUGGUUGCCAACUAAGCGACAAGUAUCUGAUCGAACGGUCGAGGCUAUGUGUACUCUGCUUUGAGAUGUGCGCUAGUUGAUCGAUGGUCUCCUUUUUGAGAGCUUGUGGAGGCCUAGUUUCUGAUGCUUCCUUGAGGAAAUGAUGCUUCUAUUCGAUCGUCUUACCGAUACUCUUAUAUGAAAUGAACUGCCUUUUCAGAUG